GGAGCCGCUGCCGCCAAGUCCGGAUUCAGUCUCACGCGCCGCUGACGCUCGCCCUCCCGACGUGCACUCCCGAUUCCUUUUGGUUCUAAGUCCAAAAUGGCAACUCUCAAAGAACAGCUGAUACAGAAUCUUCUUAAGGAAGAACAUGUCCCCCAAAAUAAGAUUACAGUUGUUGGGGUUGGUGCUGUUGGCAUGGCUUGUGCCAUCAGUAUCUUAAUGAAGGACUUGGCAGAUGAACUUGCUCUUGUUGAUGUCAUGGAAGACAAACUGAAGGGAGAAAUGAUGGAUCUCCAGCAUGGAAGCCUUUUCCUUAGAACACCAAAAAUUGUCUCUGGCAAAGACUAUAAUGUGACCGCAAACUCCAAGUUGGUUAUUAUCACAGCUGGGGCACGUCAGCAAGAGGGAGAAAGCCGUCUUAAUUUGGUCCAGCGUAACGUGAACAUCUUUAAGUUCAUCAUUCCUAAUGUUGUCAAAUACAGCCCAAACUGCAAGUUGCUUGUUGUUUCCAAUCCAGUGGAUAUCUUGACCUAUGUGGCUUGGAAGAUAAGUGGCUUUCCCAAAAACCGUGUUAUUGGAAGUGGUUGCAAUCUGGAUUCAGCCCGGUUCCGUUACCUAAUGGGGGAAAGGUUGGGAGUUCACCCGUUAAGCUGUCAUGGGUGGAUCCUCGGGGAGCAUGGAGACUCCAGUGUGCCUGUAUGGAGUGGAGUAAACAUUGCUGGUGUGUCUCUGAAGAAUCUGCACCCUGACUUAGGCACUGAUGCAGAUAAGGAACAGUGGAAAGAGGUUCACAAACAGGUGGUUGACAGUGCCUAUGAGGUGAUCAAACUGAAAGGCUACACUUCCUGGGCCAUUGGACUGUCUGUGGCAGAUUUGGCAGAAAGUAUAAUGAAGAAUCUUAGGCGGGUGCAUCCAAUUUCCACCAUGAUUAAGGGUCUUUAUGGAAUUAAAGAUGAUGUCUUCCUUAGUGUUCCUUGCAUCUUGGGACAGAAUGGAAUUUCAGAUGUUGUGAAGGUGACUCUAACUACUGAGGAAGAGGCCCGUUUGAAGAAGAGUGCAGAUACACUCUGGGGGAUCCAAAAGGAGCUGCAGUUUUAAAGUUUUCUAAUGUACCACUUCCCUGUCUAGACUACGACAGGGUUUUAGUUGGAGGUUGUGUACAUUGUCCUUAUUAUCUGAUCUGUUACUUAAAUAAUAUCAAAAUGGCAUAAAGAAAAAACAUCAGUUUCCUAAAUUUCUAAAUACGAAUGGUUCAGUAAA